AUUGAGAGAUUCCAACGUGAGCUCAAAGAAUGCGAAACACAACGAUCUGAGCAACAUACAAGAAUCACCUCGUUAGAACAGCGCUAUUUGGCUAUACAACGUGAGAAUACGACAUUACAUGACCAGGGUGAUAAGCUUCGAACUGAUCUUGCUAUCAAAAUGACGCAAUUAAAGCAGAACGAUGAAAAGCUCCGAAGCCUCCAGGAACGACUAGACAUUACUGAGCAACACCUCAUACAGGCUCAAAAGGCUACAACAACAGCGUAUGGCCGAGCAACUGUGGGCCAGCUUCUUUUCAAUCAGGCUUUCGAAGAUGGAGAAGAGCACAGCCUUUCCGCCGACGAAUGUAGGCAAGGUGUAAAAGACGUACACUCUAAUGAGGCUAGAAGUUUUGCGAAAGGAAAGCUUCCAGAAUCCGAUGUUUUCCCGACUCUGGAAGUGUUGACUGAUCGGCAGAAUUUCGAAAGUCAGUCGGCCGAAGGUACCAAAACGGAAGAUGUUCGUACGCAGACUUUGUGCCGAGCGCUGGCUAAAAAUGGCCAUUUGAGAACACUACUUUACCCGCAGGACGCAGGUGUACCGUCUGAAAGAUCAGAGAAGGCCUCAUCCAGCCCACAGCUCAACAACCUGGAUGAUGACUCAUCUGUAUGCCUUUCGGAGAACCAGACAAACCGUGAGGUGGCAGGACAGAGUCGAACAGAGCGCAAGCGGUCUCAGAGCGGAGAUGCGAUGAGCUAUCGAAGCCCAGUCAGCCCUUCAGAAGAGAUCGAGCCUGAGCGGCGGGAGGAAAAUGAAGAUGAGGAUGGUGAAGUAAGCGUCGGUUCAGAGGCAGCAAUUGAGAGUGAGGCUUCCGGUGCUACGGGUGAGCCCAGGAAGCAAAGACGUAGAGUAUCCAGAAGAACGACACAUGUUGGAGGCUCACACCUGCUUUUGGGCGAGACGCCAAACAGGAGGUCUUGGGGAGACUAUCCGGGCAACGAUUACAAUGGCGGAGGUCCCCGAAUUGUGGGUCCGACAAGGACCAGUUCGUCGAGAGGGCAGCAACAGCGAUUCACUCUGCAUUCUCUGAUAAGCCAGUUGACGACGUCUGAGGAUAGGGUGCGGGAAUUGCAGGAUCAGGUGAACGAAGUGCAGUCAGAGCUGGUGCGCUCACAGCAAAGAGAGAGUCUGAACGAAAAACAUAAUGUUCGACUUACGGCCACGGUAAGUAAGAUGGAAUGCAAGCUAAAAGUAAAGAAAUUUCUACCGCAGUGCAUGGUGAAUUUCAUCCAUUAUUGCUAUUUAUAA